CCUUUGAGCCUCCCUUCCCCGAAGGCUGCAGGACUCGCCACCCGAAUGUUCCCUCCGGUUCCAGGCGGGCCCGGGAGGGGGGGAAGAAGGGAGCUCGGAGAGGCCCAGGCGGUCUGGAGCAAGGCUUUCCUUCCGCUUGGUAGGAAAAGGAGCCAAAGGCCGCUUUCCCUUCUCUGCCCCCAAGAGCUUCGCUGGGGAUCAACGGCCGAGAGUGCAGGCAGAAAGGAGCUGCUUUCCGAGGCCGGUUUGCACCGAAGUAGCAACAAAGGUGCCAGGUGUGUUCUUGAGGCCAGUUGCCUUCUGGGGCUGGGGAAUGUGAGGCCGCCUCUGCCAGCCACCGGAAGGGACAUGGAGGAGGAGAGUCUUCCUUCGCCGGCGGAGAGGCUGGACGGCCCAGGGAUCAGCCGGCGGAUCUCGGUCAGCGAGUUCUCCUGCCACUGCUGCUACGACAUCCUCAUCAACCCCACCACCUUGACCUGCGGACACAGUUUCUGUCGGCACUGCCUGGCAUUGUGGUGGGCGUCUUCCAAGAAGAACGAGUGUCCAGAGUGCCGGGAGAAAUGGGAAGGGUUCCCAAAGGUCAACAUCCUCCUCAGGAAUGCUGUUGAAAAGCUCUUCCCAACCGCCAUCGAGCAGCGCAAAGACGACAUCCUACAAAACCACGAGGCAACGCAAAGCCUGGCCGCUUUUCAGAAGUACGGAAGCGACCAGCCCACGGCGGCCCCCAGUGCCAGGAGGGUGAACCCACCCGGAGGCGGCUUUUUCUCCGGUGUCCUGACCGCGUUGACCUGCGUGGCGGUGGUCUUGCUGGGCUACCACUGGAGCAGCCGGGAGUCAGAGGACGGCCUGUUGGUCCACAAGCCGGUGGCCAAAUGGACCGCAGAGGAGGUGGCCCACUGGCUUGGGCAGCUGGGGCCCUGGACGUCCCUCUACAGGGAGAGGUUCCUGCAGGAGAGGGUGAACGGAAGGCUGCUUCUGACGCUGACCGAUGAGGAGCUCCGGCAGGCUCCGUACCAGGUGGAGAACAGCAGCCACAGAAAAGCCAUCGCGAUGGAGCUCGAGCGGGUGAAGAUGCUGGGGGUGAAGCCGCCCCAAAACCUCUGGGAGUACAAAGCGGUGCAGCCUGGGAGGUCGCUGUUCCUGCUCUACGCCUUGAAGAGCUCCCCUCGGCUCACCAUGCUGUACCUGUACCUGUCGGAUUACAGCAACACCUUCCUGCCCUUCAUCCACACCGUCUGCCCCGUCUCGGAGGCCCAGGAGCUGGAAGACGUGAUUGCAAAACUGCACGACCACAAGGACCCCGUGUGGAAGCAGUGGCGGGAGUUCCUGAUGAAGUUUGCCUUCCUGCCCUAUCAGCUGCUGGCCGAGUUUGCCUGGGACUGGCUGGAGACCCAUUACUGGACCUCCCGCUUCAUCAUCGUGAACGCCAUGCUGCUGUCCGUGCUGGAGCUGUUCUCCUUCUGGCGGCUCUGGUCGAGACGGGAGCUGAAGAGAAUCCCCUACCGGAUGUGGAGCCACUUCUGGAAAAUGUCAACCCAGGGAUUCCUGAUGGCCAUUUUCUGGCCAGUCAUUCCCCAGUUUGCCUGCAAUUGCCUCUUUUACUGGGCUUUGUACUUCAACCCAAUCAUCAACAUUGACCUUGUGGUGAAGGAAGUCCGUCGCCUGGAAACCCAAGUCCUGUGAUGCGGAGACCCCCCCUCCCCUUCCAGGGCCUGGGUGCUGAGGGGGCAGCCCCGUCGUCUUCCUGCUCUUCCAAAUCCAGCUGAUCCUUCCUCCGUGGAUACCUGAGCAGUCUAGUUUUCCAGCUCUUUGCGUCCCCCACUUCCUUUCCAGGGGCAAGAGGCACUUUUUCCUUGGGUCAAAGACGAUGUAAACUUUGCAUCAUCCAAAAUCUCCCUUUGAGACAACUGAGGUUGUUGCGAACUCUUUGGAAAAGGACCCCCUGCGUGUAAGUAGGCCAACUGGUUUCUCUGUGUGUCUAAAUUUUCUCCGUGUUGCUUUGUGUUAAAUCUCUGGUGAAUCUUUCUGUUAAAUGUGAUGUCCCUAUAAAUGAAAUUGGACUCUGCAUUUGUAUCAAUAUGAUCUUUAAAUUUGCAUAGAACAUUUUUACAAAUUAAAUAAUGUUUUCUAAAAA